AUGGCACCAAUUACAGACAUCUCUUAUGAUCUACCCGCUAUCCUCAAAGCUGUACAAUCGAGCUGGAUCUCGUCAUCUCAAAGUGCUGCCGCUGUAUCGGCACUCAUAGUGCUCUUAGAUGCUCAGCUCCUCACUUUCAUGAAGGCUCAACCCCCUUUAGCGAGCCGUGCCAAUGUUGACCAAAGUGUUCAGGACGUUAUGCUCGGUUUUGUCUACUCUGGCCUUCUCCUGAACAUCGGGGCCACAGUAUCCUCGCUCAUUAUCACGGAGAUGUUUGGCGAAAUGCCGCUGAACGCUGCACGGUCUGAUCCUGAGACUCUCCAUGCCCAAGGAAGGCUGAGUGCAAGCACCGCUGACCUUCUCGCAAGGUAUGGCGUCAGUCGAGGGGUGAGGUCCAUUACAUGGCAUUGGUUUCUCAGUCUUUUUCUCGGCAUCCUAUGUAGUAUGAUCGGUGUCUUGAUGUACGUUUGGACAACGGAACCUUUGGUCACCAGAAUUGUCAUGACAGUCGUCGCCGUGUUCUCCGUCUUUCCAUUCAUCCACUACGUUGUACGUUGAUAACUUUAAUGCGCUCUUGCGGUAAUCUUCCUCGAAGACGAAGCCCCUGGGGCAUAUUUAUUGUGGCUCACCUCGCAGGUGAGGAGAGAACUGAGCGGAUCCUCCGCGCCGUAUGCUAGACAAGAUGUACCGCAGUGGCUACUACCUUCACUACAAGUUCAUAUCCUUCAUUUGUGUAUGCUUAUGUGUAU